UCCGAGAUGUCCGUUGACAGCGGCGGCGGCGGCCGCGCGGCCGGUUCCGGGUUCGGCGCGGGGUUGGGGAUGUGAAGCCGAUGGAGCGGCCGGGGGAAGGCGAGCAGCCGCCGCAGCAGCAGCCGUGGGGGAGGCUUCUCCGCCUGGGCGCCGAGGAGGGCGAGCCGCACGUCCUCCUGAGGAAACGGGAGUGGACCAUCGGGCGGAGAAGAGGUUGUGACCUUUCAUUCCCCGGCAAUAAACUGGUCUCUGGAGAUCACUGUAAAAUUAUAGUGGAUGAAAAAUCUGGUCAGGUGUCGCUGGAAGAUACCAGCACCAACGGAACAGUAAUUAACAAGCUGAAGGUUGUUAAGAAGCAGACUUGCCCUUUACAGACUGGGGACGUCAUCUACUUGGUGUACAGGAAGAAUGAGCCAGAACACAACGUGGCAUACCUCUACGAAUCCUUCCAUGAAAAGCAAGGCGUAACGCAAGACUCCUUCGAAGCUAAUAAAGAAAACGUGUUCCACGUGACCAAAGAUACCUCAGGUGCAGGGCGAGGCGACGACCCCCAGGAUCCCCAGGUCCUGCCAUCGCCACCCGCCACUCAGGUGUGCUUUGAGGAACCACAGCCAUCAACGUCCACAUCGGACCUCUUCCCCACGGCCUCUACCUCUUCCAUGGAGCCCACCUCUGCAGCGCGAGGGCCUCCCUCCAGCUCUGGCUCGAGAGGUGCAGACGUCUCCCCAAAAGGGUGUGGUCCAUCUGUGGCAAGUGAUGAAGUCGCCAUCUUCCCUUUGGCUCUCCCAGCAAGAGAGGGGGCGUCCUUUUCUCUGUCGGAACCCAAGGACCAGGAGGACUUGGAGCCCGUUAAGAAGAGAGUAAAAGCAGACGGGGAGCCUGCCCUGAACCUGCCCCUGGUCACAGACCCAGGCGGAGACCCCUACAGUACCCUCGACGUCAGAGCUGCGACCGUGAAGCCAGACAAGAUGGAGGAGACUCUCACGUGCAUCAUCUGCCAGGACCUGCUGCACGACUGUGUGAGCCUGCAGCCCUGUAUGCACACCUUCUGCGCUGCCUGCUACUCGGGCUGGAUGGAGCGCUCUGCCCUGUGCCCCACCUGCCGCUGUCCAGUGGAGCGGAUCUGUAAAAACCACAUCCUCAACAACCUGGUGGAGGCGUAUCUGCUGCAGCACCCAGACAAGAGGCGCAGCGAGGAGGACAUGCGCAGCAUGGCCGCCAGGAACAGGAUCACGCAGGACAUGCUGCAGCCCAAGGUCAGGAGGGCCUUCUCCGACGAGGAGGGGAGCUCCGAGGACCUGCUGGAGCUGUCGGACGUGGACAGCGAGUCCUCGGAUGUCAGUCAGCCGUACAUCGUGUGCAGACAGUGCCCCGAGUACCGCAGGCAGGCGGGGCGGCCCCUUCCCUGCCCAGGGCCCGGCAGUGAGCCAGGGGCACCGCAGGCCCCUGGGGAUGCACCAUCGACGUCCGCCAGCAUCACGACAGCCCAGGACUACGUGUGUGCCCUGCAAGGAAGCCACGCCAUAUGCACCUGCUGCUUCCAGCCCAUGCCCGACCGGAGGGCGGAGCGCGAGCGGGACCCCCGCAUCGCCCCCCAGCAGUGUGCCAUCUGCCUGCAGCCCUUCUGCCACCUGUACUGGGGCUGCGCCCGGACCGGCUGCCUCGGCUGCCUGGCCCCGUUCUGCGAACUCAACCUGGGCGACCGGUGUCUGGACGGGGUGCUGAGCAACAACAACUACGAGUCGGACGUCCUGAAGAAUUAUCUGGCCACCAGGGGUUUGACGUGGAAAAACAUGUUGACUGAGAGCCUUGGGGCUCUACAGAGGGGAGCGUUCCUGCUGUCUGAUUACAGAAUCACCGGGAACACCGUGCUGUGCUACUGCUGUGGCCUGCGGAGCUUCCGCGAGCUGACCUACCAGUAUCGGCAGAACAUCCCUGCUUCUGAGCUGCCGGUGGCCGUAACGUCCCGUCCUGAUUGCUACUGGGGCCGCAACUGCCGCACUCAGGUGAAGGCCCACCACGCAAUGAAAUUCAAUCACAUCUGUGAACAGACAAGGUUCAAGAACUAAACAUCCAGGGAGACAGCACAAUGGCUUGGGAGUAUUGCCGGUCAAUGACAGUGUCUCAGAAAAUACUGAAUACAGACGCUUUAAGAGCAUUUCACAGUGCCCCUCAGGGGACGCCGGGGGUCACUGCUUCGGGCACUCUGGUGCGACCUUUCUCUUGUGGAGUGAGACCCUCUCGGCGAGAACCCCUACCAGUGGCGCCCAGAGCCCUGGGCCAGAGCAGGAGCUGUCGGCCGUCCCCUCCUGUUGAAGACGACCACGAGGUUUGCUCUCUGUACCUUUCGCACAGCCACGGUCAAAGCAGACGUCUCUCUUCAAGAAAAGUGCCCUGGGAGAAGAAGGGGAAUUUGUCAGAAAUGCUGUGCUGUUUGAGGGAAGGGAACAAAGUUUCCAGCUGGGGCGCACACAGCGGCUGACCUGUGCACUUUCAUAGGUUUGGUGCUCAUCUCCUAAUAAGGCUUAAAUAUCGCAAACUGUAGCACAAAUGAUAUAACUUAUAAUUUACAAGUUGACUAAAAUGGGAGAUAGUAUGAUAUUUGAAAGAAUAAGCAUAUGUUUCUGUUUAUAAAAGAAAAAUCAUCAGACGUCCAGGGACCCCAGCUCCAAGGGCAUGAUUGGGUCACUGCCACGCCGGGCUCCUCAGCACAACUGCAGCCCUGCCAACCUGUCCCGCCUUCUUCACUCCUCCCCUGCGGCCGGGGCCGGGGUGGCCCAGGGACCUGGGGUGCAGGUCGUCCCUGGUGGUGCCCCGGCCUGCCAGUAGCAGCUUCUUCCCACCGAGAGCUUCCACAAGUCCUUGCCCUUUCCGCCUGCUAUGGGUUUGCCGUGUCAUCUGGAAUAAUACUUGAAAUUUUAUUGUUUAAAAAAAAAAAGUUUUUUAUCAGUUGUUGAAAUCACCCGUUAACGUUUGUUUGCAAAAUUGUACCUUUUUUGCUUCUUCUCAGGAAUACGAUUUUCAACUUUGUGUUGCUCUUGAUACAGACUCUGAGAAGCAGCGCUCCGUGGAAGAAGGCCUCCUUCCUGCGUUCUAAUAAACAAGCCGUGUCUGUUUCUCUCCCCGGCA